AUGGGGGAGUCAGACUCCUCGGCCCCGAGGCCUCCCCCAGGGCCUCCGCAGCCCUGCCAGGCAGCUCUUCACAUGGCCUCCUUCUCUCUCUUUCUCUCCGUCCAGCCCUGUGACCGAAGGGUGGCCUCGUCCUUCCGGUACGGAGUGACCAUCACCGGGGCGGUGGUCCUGGUCACCGGGACGCUCUGCUUCGCCUGGUGGAGCGAUGGGGACGUGGAGCCCUCUCUGAGCCCCGAGACGAAAGCUUCCCUCCCUGGGAAGGCAGCCCCCGCGGCCGGCACCCGAGCUCCCCCCGCGGCACCCCCCAGCGCCCUGCUCAGGUCCGUCAGCUUCUUCUGCUGCGGCGUCGGGGGGAUGCUCCUCCUCUGGGGCCUGCUGUGGUCAGCCAAGGCCAACGUACGGGCAGCCCCGCGAUGCUACCCCAGCCGUCUUCCCAGGAGCCUGGGCUACCUCACGGCCGAGCCCGUUGAGAAGUGGAACCACAGUAGCUGGGCAUCUUCCUCAGUCCCCACCUAUGAGAUGGCCAUGAGCUGUAGCCCUCCUGUCCCAGAAGAGGAAGAAGAGAGUGGACCACCUCCAUACAGCAGAACAAAUGGCAUGGCAGCAGGAGGACUGACUCGAAGCAUAUCAGAUGGGGCACUGCUGGUCCCUUCCCAGCCAGAGAUGUGGGGAAACCAAGGCAUAGCCUGGGUCAGCCCCCCACCUAGCUAUGAGAGCAUCAAUGCCUAUGGCCUAUGACUGACACCCCAUCCUGAACCAAAGUCUUCUUUGGAUGUUUGAUAGCUGAUGCCAGCCAGGUGGGGGCUAACCAGGAACCCAUUUGGAGGAGUUAAAGCCCAGACUGGCUUCUGUCACCUCUCCAGAGACAAUAUUUAGCCUCGGUUGCCUUUGUUCCCAGGAGUCAAAAAGAGGUUAUGUUUGGACUUGAAUCCAGGUUAGACCUGGAUUUGGAUCCUCAGUGGACCAUUGACUUGUUGUGUGACUGAACAAAUGCUUUUGCCUCUCUUGUUUUUUUUCUUACUUGAAAAACAAGAAUCUUAAUCCCUGCCCUAUAGACCUCUGGGGGAUGUAGCAUCAGAUGAGAUAACAAAUCUUAAAUAGUUUUGUAAACUA